CAUGCGCAAAGGUGGCAGACUAAUAUCCCCACCAGUCUGCCCUGAAUGCAUUUCAGUCGUUGCAACGUCGCUGGAUUAUUCGAUUACAAUUUACGAAUGCCGACAAAUAUUGUUAAUAUUCUGCCGAUCGUCUCACGGCCACAGGAACAAGCGACCGCCAUGGACGAUCAACAUACCGGAUUUCAAUCCGGUUUUAAACAUUUUUUACUUUGUAUGAAAAUAACAGGACUGCAACACUUGCAAUGGACAGAAAACGCAGGAACAAAGUGCCGCCAGCGACUGAUGCAGGUGUACAGGAUAUUCGUUCCCGGCAUAUUACUCGUGAACUUCGUGUUUUCACUCGGCCAGUUCAUGUCAGUGUCCGGUUUUGACGCGGCGCUUCUUAACAGCAUGAUAUCGUCGAUAUGGUUCCUGCAGGUGACGCUGUUUGCGCUGAACAACGUGGCCCGAGGCUGGCGAUGGGACCGCUUCUACAGGGCCUGGGACGACUAUGCCGCCGAGCAUAAGGUCGACACUUGCACCCUCGUCCGCGGUGUCUCCAUAGCGGCCACGGUCAGCUACCUGGUGUGGCUGGCGACGGCGACGGGGUUCCUAGCUAUCAGCCUGUCCAGUCCCGCCCCACCCUCGGGAUUCAUGCUGUACAUCCCGCAGUUUCUCACGAUACCGAUUACCGUGGUCAUAAUCGUCGCGUAUUUUUUCUUCGUUUCAACAUGGUUUCUGAUCACGGCUCAGUUUCUGACUCUGUGCGUGUCGCUGUGCAAACUCCUUCUGUCCAUACACACAUCCAUUGAAAGAUCCCUUGACAAGAACGAGAAUUUUAACGAGAAACUCGAGCGGCUCCGUCAACAGCACGAAAGCGUUUGUUCAAUGAUCUUCCUAGCCGAUGACGUCGUGUCGGUAUUCAUCAUGGUGACGGUGUUUUCUACCAUACCGCUGAUCGUGCUGACGCUUUACUUCGUGCUAUUUGACUCCUCUGACGUCAUGGCGUUCUCUUACAUCGCCACGUGGUGGUCCAUAACACUUAGCGUCCUGCAGUUGGCCAGCGUAUUCAUCGCCGGGGGCGCCGUCAAUUACACGGCCCACAAACCGGCCACUCUGUUGUAUCGUCUGGACUUGGAUCGCGUCACACAGGGCUCCGUACAACAGCUGACCGUGUUUCUCAACCGUCUGACCAGCCAGCCUAUCGGGGUGACGGCGUUCGGACUAUUUGUUCUGGACAAGCCCACCAUCACAACGUUUGUGGGAAGCAUCCUCACAUACGCAAUUGUGAUGGUCCAGUUCAAGCCCGGGUCGCCUAGCUACAGCGUCACGUGUAACUGUACCGGAAGUGGCUAGAUACGAAGGCAGACCAUCGAGUCUAGUUGAAACGACUGUAUUUAAUAUCAAGUGUUGUGCAUGCUUUAUUAAUCCAAAUGUACAAACAUAGUGAAUAUAGUAAUUAUUAGCUUUCGAACAUAGACGUGGUUUUCAUACGGUUUUAGUCCGGAAGAAACCCUAUGCAAUCAAACGGCAAACUCCCAUUUGGUACUCGACUGUAAAAGCUGUUCAUCUAUAUUUUACAUUUCUACGACAACAAUCUUUGCAAUAAAGUAAUCUUUUCAAGAA